AUGGCGGCACUCCAUCUGUCGCUGGCCCUGCUCCUUCUGCUCCCUUCCACCCCUGAGGCGACGUCCUCGGCGCUGCUGGGCAUCAGCUACGGCCGCGUUGGCAACAACCUCCCUGCAGCCACCUCAGUGCCGCAGAUUGUCGCCUCCCUGGGCGUCGGCCGCGUCCGACUCUACGAUGCUGACCCCACCACCAUCCGCGCCUUCGCCAACACGGGCGUCGAGCUCGUCGUCGGCGUCCCUGACGAGUGCCUCGCCACUGUCUCCACCCGAACCGGCGCCGCCUCCUGGGUCCGCUCCAACAUUGCCCCCGCACUCCCGGCCACAAAGAUCGCCUUCCUCACCGUCGGCAACGAGGUGCUCACCGGCGUCAACAGCUCCUCGCUGUCCAGGUACCUCCUCCCGGCGAUGCAGUGCCUCCACGACGCGCUUGCGCAGGCCGGCCUGGACAAGCAGGUCGCCGUCACCACGGCGCACAACCUCGGCGUGCUGGCCACGUCGUACCCGCCGUCGUCGGCCUACUUCCGCAAGGACCUCCUCCCGAUGCUCUGCCCCAUCCUCGACUUCCACGCGCGCGCGGGCUCGCCGUUCCUGGUCAAUGCGUACCCCUACUUCGCCUACGCCGAGGAACCCACCCGCGUGGAGCUCGAGUAUGCGCUGCUGGAACCCGGGCAUGCCGGCGUCGCCGACCCGGGGACCGGGCUGCACUACACCAACAUGCUCGCGGCGCAGGUGGACGCCGUGUACCAUGCCAUCGCGGCGGCCAACAGCGCGGCGGCGCGGGCCGUGGAGGUACGCGUGUCCGAGACCGGGUGGCCGUCGGCGGGGGACGCCAACGAGACCGGAGCCACGCCGCAGAAUGCGGCGAGGUACAACGGCAACGUGAUGCGGCUCGUGGCCCAGGGGAAGGGCACGCCGCUGCGGCCGGCGGCGCCGCUGCGCGUCUACAUGUUCGCGCUCUUCAACGAGAACAUGAAGCCCGGGCCGACGUCAGAGCGCAACUACGGGCUCUUCAAGCCCGACGGAACACCGGCGUACGAGCUCUCCUACCGCCUUCCGCAGGACAACACCACCUCCUCCUCCGGUGGCAGCAUUACCGGCGGUGGCGGCUACAAUGGCCACGACUACGGGUCAGACAACGGCGGGUACUACAGCAUCUCGGCCGCAGCCACGGCGACACUGGUAAGCUCUGCUCUCUUGCUAGCUGCUGCUAAUGAUGGUUGA